AUGAGGAGAGAUCAAAGAAGUCCAAAACAGGAUCCAAUUUUGAGUUCUCAAUAUGUUGUAUGCGAGGAAAGGUACAACUGCCGUUUUGAAGCACUUGAUCGGACGCUCAGGAAUCUUAUGUCAGUUAUCAAUCAACAUAAGACACAUCAACCAUUUGGUGGUAAGAUUGUUGUUCUAGGAGGUGAUUUCAGACAGAUACUUUCGGUGAUUCCGAAAGGAAGUAGACACGAUAUAUUAGCAUCCGCUAUUAACUCAUCCCAUCUGUGGUCAUUUUGUAAGGUUCUGAAACUGCAUACGAAUAUGAGGCUUCUAAUGUCUUCUUUGGAUCAAGAUGAAGGUGAAAUGAAGAUAUUUGCUAAUUGGAUACUUGAUGUUGGAAAUGGAAAUAUUAUCUCUGUUGUUGGUGAUGAAUCAGAAGUUGAAAUUUCAGAUGAUCUAUUGAUUACAACUAUUGAUGAUCCCCUCUCUCAUUUGGUAGACUUUGCAUAUCCAAAUUUGUUGCAAAACAUGUCAGAUUACAGGUAUUUUCAGAGUAGAGCAAUUUGGAUGGAAAAGGAGUAUUUGAGCUCUGACACAACAUGUCAAGCUGAUGAGAAUGAAGAUGUAAAACAAGAGUGGUUCACACUAGAGUUUCUAAAUGACAUCAAAUGUUCGGGACUACUCAAUCACAAGUUGACUUUGAAGCCAGGAGUCGCUGUAAUGCUAUUGCGAAACAUAGACCAGACUUCAGGUUUAUGCAACGGGACAAGAUUAAUAGUUAACAAACUUAGCAGCAACGUAAUUGGAGCGACGGUAGUGACCAGUAGAAAUAUUGGAGAUAAAGUGUACAUUCCAAGAAUGAACUUGAUCCCUUCAGAUUCAGGAUUGCCAUUUAAGUUCCAACGGAGACAAUUUUCAUUAACAGUAUGCUUUGCAAUGACCAUUAACAUGAGUCAGGAUCAAUCAUUAUCACAUGUACGGUUUAUUUGCCAAAAUCAAUGUUCAUCCAUGGACAACUUUAUGUUGCUUUGUCAAGAGUUAAGAGUCGCAGUGGCCUCAGGGUUUUAA